AUGAGAACCGCAGCAAUGGCAGUAGAUGUUGUUGUUUUGGUUUCUCAUGGUUGGAACGGGACUUUUCAUGGUUUUACAACAUCUUCAAAUGUGUUACGCCUGUCUCUGAUAUGCGAGGAAAAGUACAAUGACAGUGUCCCGUCUUAUUGUAACAACAAACUCAAAAAGAGCCCAUUGUCAUCGAGCUACAUCAUCAACUUUCUAUGAGCGAGAUAUCAAGUUCAUUUAUCGGGAGUCUGCAUUGAAGCGCCAUGACCGACUUGGAGCAAUUUCGAAGCGCGUGGCUAAGCGAACUGAGUCACAAAGCUGGACCUAAUAAGCCAAAACGCGAACUCUGUGAAAACGAAAAUGCAACAUCGCCUCCUCCGAAGACAAGCCGUUACGUGUUCCACUUGGAAUCAAACACCGCAUUUCAAGGGAAUCCACGAGCUUUCGAAAUCGCCGAUCGUCUAUUGCAGGGCGAAGUGCUCACAGACGACGAUCUAUUCAAGAAAUCUAUCAAACGAACUGUGACAAGUUCGUCUUCUGCGAGUGACAAACUGCCGAGCAAGUUGACAAGAAGCGAAAGACGGAAUAAUCGCAAAAGUUUCCUAGAUACGCUCAUCGAUGAUCUGAAUGAAACGACGGAUAUUCCAUUCUUUGACGUCUGCUUACCUCGCGAAGUUGCAGUCAAGAUAUUCAGGCACCUCGACGUUGUCGAUCUGUGCCGAUGUGCUCAGGUCAGCCGCAGCUGGCGCUGCAUAGCAGAAGACGACCUGCUGUGGCACAAGCAUUGUUGCCAGAUGGGUCUUGCAAAAGAGACAAGCAGCAGCAUGGAGAAAGCUGACUGGAAAAACUUCUUUCGAGAGCAGCUUCAAAAGGAAAGCAUUCUUAGGCGCAACUGGAAGAAUCGAAUUGGCAGACUUUACGAAAUGGUGUAUUCUCAAGGUGGUGUCCUGUGUGCUGUGAAUUCCAACGAAAAUUGUGUUGCAGCAGGGUAUUCAAAUGGAGAAAUCAGGCUCUGGAAAAAAACACCUGAUGGAGUCGAGAUUCACGACAUGGAAUGGGGCACUGAUGUAAUUUCUGAACGAAGCGCGAAUCAUGUGACUAGUAUUGCACUGAGCAAGGACCACGUUAUUGUUGGCUACGCUGAUGGUUCAGUGUGGCGUGUUGAGGACCUAUCUAGUGAGUGUAGCAGAGGGAACCUGAUCCUCCAAACUCCCAGCCCUGCCCGCGUGAUAGCCUCAGCGACCAACAAUUCUUUCCUGGCCUCCGGAGGAACGGAGAUGGCGUUCGUGGACGAUGCAGGGACUGUCCAGCAGGUGCGACUCCCCACAAAAAUUACUCACACAGCAUUUAUAUCGACAACAAACGCACACCGAAAGGAAGGCGUACUCGUCUCGGUUGCAGAAGACGCCGUACGAAUGCACAGUGUCAGCACAUUCCAUGACGAUGGGAUUUCAUUACAUCAUCUCAUCGGUGCCACAGUCACGUGUCUCGAUGCCACUGAACGUAUUGUUGCAUUUGGAGCGAUCGAUAGAUCAGCUGUCAAUGUGUUUCAGGCUCCAGUUUAUGCCGUCACCGGAGCCAGGCUCCUCGGAACCCUGAGGAGCCACACCAGCUCCAUCUUGUGUGUCAGGAUACCAGACUGCCCCGAGAAUCUUAUUCUAACGGGAAGUUGCGAUAAGAAUGCACGCAUCUUUGAUCUUCGUACCAUGCACUGUGAGGUGCGGAUAAAUGCCCACGGCCUUGGGGUGUCGCAAGUGGAGAUGGAUGAGCACAACCUUGUGACAGGAGGUGAAGAUGGCCUCGUCUGCGUCUGGGACUUACGCACAAAAGCCAAGCUGUGGGAAAUGUUUUGCCGGCAUCCAGUCAGGUAUCUCAGGACAGAUCUCACAACCCUGGUGACUGCACAUUUACCUCAGGACCUUCGACUUGAACCUGAGGAUGGCAGCAUCGUUGUUCACGCAAGGCAGCGCGGAUCGGUGAGGAUGUACGACUUUGCUGCGGACCAGGAGACGAAAGGCAUUCCGUCCAUCUGUUUGUCGUCGUACGAUGAACCGGCGGGUUACAACUACAAUGUACGCUUAGCGGUGCCAUAUGAUGACUUGGAAUAACAUAAAUGCUGAAAAACAAAUA